AUGAUUCACUCCAGCCACCAGCAACCCACAACCCCGUCGAGUAAUGAACUCCAAGAACAGACACUGUCAGAGCGACUUGUUGAAAACUCGACAACUGAACACUUUGUGCGCAGGCUCAAAGGAGUGUGCUCGCAUCCUCACCAAGACAGAUCCGGGAUCUCUCCUUUUCCCAUGACAUCAACCCCUGACGAAAUAGGGUUCCGUGAGAGCGACGCUCAACCCAAGUCGUCUAACUACACCUACAUUCCCUUGGAAAGUGAUAAUCUACGACCCAAGGUACUCGUCAAACUACCACCGCACUCUUACGCUCUUUACCUUCUGGGCCAGUUUGAGUCCUUCAUGGGGUCUGAUUAUCACUGGUACCAGAAGAAGCGAUUUCGUGCUCAAGUAGACGCCAUAUACGAUCCAUCACAAUCUCAGCAAAUUGAAAGAACAUGGCUUUGCUGCUUCUCUGUAGUAUUGGCCCUAGGAGAGUCAUAUAACGAUACCGUCGCCCCGUCAUUUUUGAUUGACACUAGAACUGGGUACUCUACAGAUAAUGCUGCUCCAACAGAUCUCGACCCUCUAAUUCCGGGAAUUGAGUUCUUCAAACAAGCGCUACUCCUUCUACGACCGUCUUACGAAGAGCCGACAAUAGACCAGGUCGAAGCCCUCAAUCUCAUUACAUUCUACUGUUACUCUUUGAAUAGAAGAAAGACAGCUUAUGCAUACGCUGGCAUGGCCCUCCGAUUGGCCGAGCUCCUCGGGCUUUCGAAACCACAGACACAUCUGAGUCCGUUGGAACAGGAACACCGUAAACGCAUCUGGUGGACGACGAUUUGCAUGGAUGUGAUGACUUGCAUCGAGCUAUCGCUGACUCCCUCGCAUGCAUCUCAUGAAGACGGUAUCAACCUCCCGGAUAGUUCCCACUUAUCCGCAGCAGACGCCGAACAAUUCUCAGACCCUCAGUAUCUCACGGCGCAAAUCAAACUUUGCCGUAUCAAAUUCCGCAUCAUCAGGACAGUUUCAGAGCUCCGCUUUGGAGAUACCGCUGAGGCGCAGGCACUUAUUGAACCCUGUCUACAAGUUUUGAAUAAUUGGAGAUUGGAGCUCUCUCCGACCUUGAAAUUCACCGAAGAGGGAGGGUUCUCGGAUGAAACCCUGGCUUUCACCCCGAUGCGCACGGUCGCAUCCCUGAUGCUUCGCUUUAAUCAGUGUAUCAUACUUCUCAUUCGCCCAUUGUUGUUAAAGCAACUUCAUGAUAUCAUGCAUGAACAAGAUGUUUUAAUGCCUCGGAAUGACUUCGCCGGCGCAAACACCCAGUGUUUGCAGGCCGCAGCUGAUAGUACUGCGGUCCAAUUCGCUCUUUCUAAAUGUCAUAAAAUUGCCAAAUUCGGAUUCUGGGACUCUCUACACAUAUUCUCCAGUCUUACCGUACAUGUGAUCUCUGAGCGCCUGAUAGAGAAGCGUCCUACGGCAUUCGCUACUGGCCGGCCCAACAUUCCAUACGGUCCGGUCAGAGGUUUACUCGGAGAAAUGGCUCGGGUUGGAAAUGCAGCAUCAAAGGAUCACGAGAAAAUGAUACGCGACAUCGAAGAACUGUUCACAGAGACCCCAUCUAAUCCAGUUCUUACUGAGAGGAUCGAAGACCUGGUAGAUUGGCCAGAGUAUAUGGACACGGGAAAUAUGAGCUUUGAGUUCGAUGAGACAUUCCCUUCGUUUGGGUGGUCAUGA